AUGCUGAGGGGGAAGCAGACAUUUAUGUCGUGGUAUAAAUUGGAGAUACAAACCAAUGUUUGGUGAUUCA